AUGUUUCAAAAUAAUAAUUUUUUGGAUAGAAAUGAGCAAAGUCAAAAGAGAAAUGUUGAAAAGCCAAAGUUUUUGCGGUCCGUCAAGUACUCAAACACCUGUACGAGCGAGCUCACCAAAAGAGCUUUAAUUGAGGAAUCAAAUAUACAAACAGAUAAUCCUACAUCCAGUUGUCUACGUCUUUUUGAGUUAGAAGUGGAUUCCGUAUUGCAUCCAAGCUAUCAAAAAACAUUUUACUGUCUACCUAUUAAAUCUGAAGCCGGAUUUGUUUAUAAAUAUGAUCCAGAUAUUGAAUUUAACUGGAAAAUAAAAAAGCAAGUAUCUUCCGGUCGUCAAAGGGAUGUCUUUUUAGUUGCCAGUUCAAAGGGUUCCUCCGGAAGGCAAUUUAUAAUAAUAAAAAAACUUAUGUGCAUUUCCAAACCCCAAAAAUUGACUUCCUAUGCUUACAAAGGAUUUCUACAGGAAGUCCGGAUAUUAUCUUCUUUACAACAUCGUGGAAUUGUUCAUCUAAUCAAUUAUUACCUUUCUCCCUCAGAUAUCCUAUUAGCGGAAUCAUUCUAUGAAGGAGGUGACCUUUAUGAAUGUACCAAACACUUUUAUACGAAUUUUUCUCCAGAGUUUGUAGGUAGAAUCUUUGGCGAAAUCGUUGAUGCCGUCGCUUUUUUGCACAAUCAACUUCUUGUACACCGCGACCUAAAGCUGGAAAAUAUUUUACUAACUAGGAAAUAUGAAGAUCUUAAAGGAAUUAAAGAUUUUCAAACUUACCAUCUUCCUUUGAUUAAAAUUUCUGAUUUUGAGUUCUCUAAAUUCGUCGAUAAGGAUAGUCAUAUUGUACAGCCCGAAAGCGGAAGCCCAGAAUACGCAGCACCGGAAGUCUACCUUGGUAUUUCUCAUGACGGAUUUAAAGCUGACUGCUGGUCGCUGGGUAUCCUCUUGUUUGCAAUGAUGGAAGGCCGCUUGCCUUUCGACGCUAUGCCACCCUUUGAAGAUCCACCUGACGUGCGUAUCAAAAGAUAUGUCCAAAGGUUGGUCCGUUUAACUUAUAAUUGGAUUCGAUGUAAACCAUCAGAAGAGCAGGAGCAUGAGGGUACUGCAAAUUCUACUCUUUAUCCUUUGGAUGCAUGGAUUGAAGCCCGCGACCUAGUUCAAUCACUACUUAUACAUAGGGAUCAUCGUCCAUACUCUGAAGAACUGUUGAAGAAUUCAUGGAUUUGCAAUAGUUUCAAGUGUGACUUAUAG